AGUGACGUAAAUUUGAGACGUGUCAGGAAGCUCCGUAGUCAAACAUGGCGGCGCAGCAGGGUGAUGUUGAUGAGCUCUUCGAUGUUAAAAAUGCCUAUUAUAUCGGCAGUUAUCAACAGUGUAUUAAUGAGGCUCAGAAGGUGAAGCCGUCCACGCCAGAGAAGGAGACUGAAAGGGACAUGUUUUUGUACAGAGCAUACAUUGCCCAGAGGAAGUAUGCUGUUGUCCUGGAUGACAUCAAAGGCAGCUCUGCACCGGAGCUUCAGGCUGUCAAGAUGUUUGCUGAGUAUCGGUCCACUGAAAGCAAGAGGGAUGCUAUUGUUGCUGAUCUAGACAAGAAGAUGGCCAAGAGCGUGGAUGCUGCCAACACCACCUUCCUCCUCAUGGCUGCCUCCAUCUACUACCAUGAGAUGAACACUGAUGCUGCUCUCAGGACUCUGCACCAAGGAGAAAGCCUCGAGUGCAUGGCCAUGACCAUUCAGGUGUUGCUGAGUCUGGAUCGUGUUGACCUGGCAAGGAAAGAGCUGAAGAAGAUGCAGGAGCAAGAUGAGGAUGCUACUCUGACCCAGCUGGCCACAGCCUGGGUUAAUAUUGCUGUGGGAGGAGAGAAGCUGCAGGAUGCCUACUACAUUUUUCAGGAGAUGUCGGACAAGUACUCAUCUACACUGCUGCUCCUCAACGGGCAGGCCGCCUGUUACAUGGCUCAAAACAAGUGGGAGGAGGCUGAGGGAGUGCUACAGGAGGCACUCGACAAGGACAGCAGCCAUCCUGAGACGUUGAUCAACCUCAUAGUGCUGACCCAGCACCUGGGCAAAGCUCCCGAGGUAACCAAUCGGUACCUCUCUCAGCUGAAAGAUGCACACAGAGCCCACCCAUUCCUCAAAGACUACUUAGCCAAGGAGAAUGAGUUUGACAGACUAGUGAUGCAGUACGCUCCCACCGCUACAGCAUAAGACUUCACCAUGAAGUUCUCUACUUAACUUGCAUUCAUGUAUAUUCUUUUUGUUUUACAUAAGUCAAAUUACAAAGUUUGCUGUUUUGUUUUAACCAAUCCAGAAGUCAUAAUUUCCUCUUGGUGCAGAUGAAACAUGUCCACAAUUUUAUUCUUUAUUUUAAUUAUGGAAAUGAACACACCUGUUAUAAUGUAAGCAUUCCUUUGACAUGAUAAUAAAUGUUUAAUACCCGAUU